CAGAAAUCGUUGUUUUCAGUGAUGUAGAGAAAAAGGACUGAGUUGCUCUUUAAUAAAAAACAGGAUCCAUGACCCUGACACGAGGUUCCUUCAGCUACUCCAAUGGCGAGGAGUACCACGGCGAAUGGAAAGAAGGUCUGCGUCAUGGCCUGGGUCAGCUGACCUUCAGCGACGGGACGUGCUACACUGGACAGUUUGAGAACGGCCUCUUCAACGGCUGCGGCGUGCUGGUCUUCCCUGACGGCUCCAGGUAUGAAGGUGAAUUUGUGCAGGGCAAAUUCCAAGGCGCCGGCGUGUUCACUCGCUUCGACGGGAUGAGGUUUGAAGGCGAGUUUAAAAGCGGCUGCGUGGACGGCUACGGAGUGCUGACGUUUUCGGACGGAGGCCCCGGCGGUGGCGGUGGCGGCAGCCAUGAGGGCCUGUUUGAAACCAACCAGCUAAUAAGGAGGGAGAACAGCCAGGGAGCCGUGCAGAGAGCGCAGGCAGCAGCCGCCAAGGCCCGGGCCCUCGCCAUGUGA